CGUUGUUAAAUUAGUUGUCGCUAAGAGUGCAGCUGCUUGAAUUCUGCACUGUCAUACCCCAGUCAUAGGGGCACUUUCGAAAGCGAUCGGACUUGAUCGCUAUCGAAAGUGCCCCGUAUAUGAGGCUAAUAAAAGUGCCAAUAUCGCGACUUCUCGACAAAAAGAUGUUUCAGCGCCUUUGGGGAAAGCAAAGCACGGCAGCCACGAUGUCGGCUGCAUCAAGUUUCAUCGAGCAAACGUUAGAAAAUAGUCCCGUUGUCAUAUUCUCGAAGAGUUAUUGUCCAUUUUGCAGAAAAGCAAAGCAAGUAUUUGAUGAACUACAUGUAUCUUACGUUGCUGUCGAGCUUGACGGUAGGGCAGAUGCCAGUGAGAUUCAGAAUGUUUUGCGACAAAUGACUGGUGCCAGCACGGUCCCAAGGGUGUUCGUGAACAAGCAAUGCCUGGGUGGUUGUAGUGACUUGGAAGAAAUGUAUGGGAAGAACCAGUUGCAAACUCUACUCCGGUCAAAUGGAUUACUGUAGUGAUAUGGAAAUUGAGGGUAACAGUGUUUGGAUGUUUUUUCUGCUCAAUAUUUAAACAGCUCUGUGAUAAAAAUACUGAAUAAAGCUGACAUCAAUAUGGCAGUAUGUAGAUUUUAUUUCACAUUAAAAUUAGUUUAUUUCACAUGUACUACCAGUCCCAAUUGGGAUUAUUGUAGGAAGGGCACAUGCAUAACAAACAUGUUACAAAAGAUAUGAGUCAGCAUAGAAAGAAUAAAUUGUAUGCAAUAUUAUUUAGGCUUAAUCUGAAGCAGAGAGGAUAUGGUAAGGACAUUGUUAAUAAUGUACAAAAUUGUAAUGCAGGACAUAUGUUAAUGCAAGAGUACACAUGACAAAACGUGGUUACUGUUCAUCUCUGGGAGUUAUGAAAUGGUUUUCAAAGAGCAAUAGAAAUUUUAAUUGCUACCAGUUAUACAUGUGGGCAAGCUGUUUCAUUCAUUGCCUGUGGAAAAUGAGUGAUUUAUACAGUCACUGUUAAGAUGGUAUUUCUGUCAAGUAUGGCGAGGUUUGGUAUAUGAUCAGGCGUUGUUUCUGCUUAGAUAUAUGCAUACCUAGAAGUGUCAGUGUUAAGCUAUUUAGGAAGAGUGUGCCUUCCAAGUCUCCUGUAUUAGCCACGCACUGUAUAGGAGGGUGAGAAAAAUAUCUUCUGGAAAUCAGACCUGUGCAGGAAGGCCACCAUUGACCUGGCUAUAUUUAAUAGAAGCCUAGUCAAUGUAGCUGUACUGAAUUGACAGCGUUAUCAUGGAGUCGCAAUAUGAUUAUUGUGCUACUAUUUCAGCCGCACAAUGAGAACAUUUUCAGUACAUCAUGCAGCCAUCACAAAUCAGUCAGUUGCAAUCCUUGCCAAGUGCAGUGCUGUCAAUAGUUGGCUGAACACGUGAUCUGAAAUAUUCGGCACUGCCCUGACGAACACAGAGAAUGUGCCUAAUACCACAUUCCUCCAUGGGGUCCCUCAGUAAAGAGCUGUGCUGGCGUCAAGACACCUUAGUGGGGCUCGGUGUUUUCUGUGCUAGCAUGCAGACGCAUUGAAUCUGACAACAGCACAGUUUCACGAUCAUCAUCCUUUCUUCCCUGCUACAGUAUUAAUGACACUAGUAGUUAUUUAUCAUUAUUAUAUUGUGAUGCGAAACUCUUGCUGGAAUGGUGAUGGGAUGUGUUCUUUCACAAGACGGGUAGUAAUGUGUUUUACUAAUUUGUAUGGACUGCAUGUUAGUGAAAUUGGGUGAAAGUUGGAGACAUCAGCUUCAUCGACCAAUUUUUUGUUUGGGAUUGCCCUUGCCAUCUUCCACUCACUGGGAGGCGAACAUGUUAGUGAUUUGUUGUUUAUGAGUAAAUAUUUGGCUAUCCAUUCAGCAUGUAAUACCCUCGUGUGAGGGCCCUUAGGGGUAAUGUAAAUAAAAAAUAUAAAAAAUAUUGAUUUAGAAAUUUGUGCUGUAUGUUGUCGGGGCUAGGUUCUUUUUGCAAUUUAAUUUUAAUGUCAGAUCAAAGAUUCCAACGUGGUCUGUAAAGAGAGUGGCCAAAUACAUGGCCCAAGAACUUCAGCACUGCACUGACAAUCACAGAGGCCAUGCCUACCAUAUUUCUCCAUGGGCUUUGACAUGCUGUGUGACUUUGCCGUAAUUUGUGAAAAUUGACUGAAGGUAAAUAUUCAGUAAAUUGGCACUAUCUCUGCUUUUAUUCAGGAAAUAUUGUACUGUCCUAGCUUUUAGGACAGGAAAACCUCUGGGGUGCAUCUCUAAAAAAGUUUGGUAGAGUACAGGAAAUAUUUUUAAAUUCAUGCAAAUGAUAGCUAGGGUAAGAUUCAGGCUAGCUUAAGGAUUCGGUUUAUAUUUUGGAGAUUUGGAGAUCUUUUCUUUUUUUUAAUCCAUUGGUUCAUUUUUGCUUUUUGUUCGUUUCGUUUGGAAUGUAUGUACUAGUUAAGAAUGCAAAAUGAAAUAAUGCCAUCUUUAAGUUUCUGCCACAACAAUUCAAUAUCUGCAUUAGCAUCACUAGCAAGCUGCUCAAUUUAACUAAAUUCGUAUGACAGGUCAUUGCAUCUGUUAUUGUCAUCAGCAUUCCUAAGAUCAAGAAAUGUAUCUAAUUUGAAAGGUAUUAUAGAUUCAAAGACCGAAACGGAGCACUAUCUUAUUGUGUUUUCAUCAGUUUCGGUUUUGAUAUUGGUUAUGUGUUGCACCUUUAUUGGCCAUCAUCUGUUACACCUUGCGGCAUCAACCAAAUGUAUACAAUCACUAUCUUGUUUUCAUUAAAUUGUUCUUCUCCCUGCUC